UCUAUAAUUUGGUUUAUGAAUCCUUGGCUACUGUUCUGAAUAGAAAAUUUUUAUAUCAACAUGCCUUUUGUGCAUGAUAAUGUUGUUGAGGUGCCUUGUGCUUUAAAAUGGUGAGCUGUUCCUCUCUAUUCCAGCUCCUCUACAUACAUAUCCAAGAGAUGUAGGGUGAAUGGGUCGUUAUCUCCCAUAAUGGUCAAGGUCACUCUCCAAUGCAGUUUUUUAAUUUGUAUUUUUUUGCCAUCUAUGCCAUAUUUCCUUGCACUCACCAUUUUGCUCUCUCCAGCAAUUCCCUAGAGAACCUUCAGCAUCCUCUCUUCAUUAGUGUCUUCAUUCGUGUCUUCAUCUAUUUCGUCAUCCUGUGGCUCAUUCAUUCUAUCAAUUACAAUCCCCCAACUCUUCUCCUGUUCAAACAAAACAGUCAGGCUUAGAAUUUGCAUGAAAAGUGACAUAGUCAUCAGUAGGAUAUAUUCAUCUCCUUUAAUAACAAGGUAGUCUCGCCCCGCCCCUUCGCUUACCUGCGGAGGAAGGGUCUGGUGACACUGCUAUCUAAAAUGUGUGCUUCAUGCCAGUAAAAGUGGCGUUCCAAUCAGAUUGCGCGAGCCACAUGUAAAGCUAUGAGUCACAAAAUUGUCACAUGACAGGAAAAGAAAAAAUGGUGGUAGCAGAGACAAGAAGAGGUAUAAAGAGGAAAAAUGAUGAUAGUGCUCAAGAACUAACUAGGAAAGAGAUAGAAGUGGCUUUGAAACAAUCUAUUAUGCAGUUGGGGUAUGAAUCUUUGAAGAGGGAUCAAGAAAAUGCCAUUAUUCCAUUUGUUGAGGGAAAUGAUGUGUUCAUCUGUCUUCCAACUGGCUUUGGUAAAUCCCUCUGUUAUUUCUGCCUCCCUAGAGUGUUUGAUAUUUUAUUGAAGAAAGAUAUUGGAUCUGUUGCUUUAGUUGUCAGUCCCUUAGUUGCUCUGAUGACAGACCAAGUGGACAUACUUAAGAGUAAAGGAGUAAGUGCAGUUAUUGCCACAAAUAAAGGUGACACUGAGUCAGCAAAGAAUGCAAUUGUGAAUGGGAAGUUUCAAAUGAUUUUUACGAAUCCAGAGACACUUUUUGACAAAGAAUGGAGAGACAUUUGGCGUAGUCCAUCAUUGAUUUGAAGACAUGAUUGCUUUUGUUGUUGAUGAAGCCCACUGUGUGAGGAAAUGGGGUAAAGAGUUCCGUAAAGACUUCAGUAAGCUGGGUGACUUGCGUGGUUUCUUUCCACCUUCAGUACACUUCAUGGCACUGACAGCUACAGCGUCAAAGUCUACAAGAAACGAAGUUAUUCGUAUCCUUGGUAUGAAAAAGCCUGUGCUGGUAGUGAGACCACCAGACAAGACAAACAUUGUGUACACAGUAACAGAAAAAUCUGAUGAUCUGGAAUCAACAUUUGCUCCCCUAGUAGAAGAGCUACGUUCCACUCGACAAUUCAUGGAACAAACCAUAGUUUUUUGUCGGACGUAUCAAGACUGUAGCAACUUAUAUCUCUACAUUUGAUCGACAAUGGGGAAAGAAUUCACGCACCCAAUUGGUUUGCCAGGCUACCCUAGUUUCAGGUUGGUGGACAUGUUUACAGCAUGUAAUACUCCAUCUUUGAAGCGUGCUAUUCUGAAGUCAUUCUCCAUUCCAAAUGGAACCUUAAGAAUUGUAAUUGCUACAAUCGCUUUUGGAAUGGGGAUAGAUUGUCCUGAUGUACAUAGAAUUAUUCACUGGGGUCCACCUUCUGAUAUUGAGAGUUACAUCCAGGAGACAGGUAGAGCUGGUCGAGAUGGAAAGACAGCACAGGCCCAGCUUUUGUACUCCAAACGGGAUAUUUCAUUCUCCUUUAUGGAAGACAGUAUUACAUCUUAUUGUAAAAAUACCACUCUUUGUAGAAGAGAAGUCCUUUUUAAAGACUUUGAAUAUUUAUCUCAAGAAAGACCUGUUGGACCAUUAUGCUGUGACAUUUGUGCAAUUACACAAAAUAACCAUAACUUGUAAUCAGAGAAAGAAAAUUUUACAAAGUUUCACAAUAAAUUAUAGGAAAUCAAAA